AACAAAACAACAACAAGAAAACGUUACCGCUCGCUGCCCCAGAGCCUGUGAGGAUGCAGACCGUGGCCUCUGCAUCUCCGAGGGCCUCUGCAUCUCCGAGGGCCUCUCCGACGAGCCGCUCGGGCCAAAGCAGGGACAAUGAGUUCAGAGACCGGCUGCACAAGCUCCCUGAGCUACAGAGCUCCACCACCCUACCGAGGCCUCCAGUCCAUGUCCAGGACCCACAGGCUGUGCUGAGGAGACGUGUAAAACGGAAAGAACCCAGUCUCCAGCAGUUACAGGCCCGCGAGCGAAUGAUUUUUCCAGGCUGGUACACGCCAUCACCUCCAUCUCAACAGGCCGAGCAGCCAAACAGGCGCCGUAAACAAUGGCCUGUCCAGCUCCCUCCUUUGAAAUCCACAACCACGAAUACGGUGUCAACCCCUAGUCUCCCCAGACGGCCCUUUUCCAUUAAGAGUUGUGGACACUUGGAGCCUCAUGGCGAAGUUCAAAUUUAUGAGUACAGUAAGGAUGACUAUUUGAUGAUGAGUCCUGAAGGUGUGUUAGCAGUGUGUGAGGGGGAGUCUGACUUUGUGACCCUCGAGCGCUGGGAAGAGGAGUAUAACUACCACUGCAAGCUGAUUCGCAUACCAUUCUUUACCCGCUUCAAAAUGUGGAAACCUUUCUACUUCUGGCGCACCGGUGUUCGUGCCAGGAAGACUAAUUUGGCCAGGCAAUCUCUGCAAAAACAUUUGUUUAUUGUCAGUCAGUCGCUAAGCCCUGCGCUGAUAGACAUCAGGAAAAUGUGUUACCAAAUCAGUGACACAGGCUUGUGUCACAUGGAGAGAGACCACACCUACACACUACAGGAGUUCCAGAACAUCCAGUUCAAACAACUGCAAGAGGUACUGACUGACUUGGAGAAGUUUCAGGAUCUGGUAAAGGAGGUGACAGUUUGUGCCUGUCGCAACUACUUGUCAGAAAUCGAAUCUGAUAACCCAGAUGAUAAAAAGACGGUUCUUGCGCAGAUCAACAAGAACUUUCACUCCAGCCGACUCAUGUGCUUCAUCCGUCUUGUUGACUAUUUGGUCGUCAACACCUUGCACACCUUGGUGGUGACCGCAGUGGCCAAACUACUGGCUGUGUUCCAGGAGCAGGUACGUCAAACGGCCAGCCAUGCCACCAUUCAGAGCUGGAGCCAGCACUCUGAGGCUACCACUGAUUGUGCUGAAGAAGAGACGGAUAAGAAGUCUGUCAAGUCAGAAACUUCCCGUGUCCAACCGAUGUUCAUCUCUGAGCUGUUGCUGGACACAAAUGCAUUGACCUACAAACCCUCUGAGGAGGAUUUUCAGGAGGCUGUUGCAGAGAUCAUUCUGCGGUUUGAGAAAACAGUGAUGUCAGUUGACACGCUUACAGCAGAUCCUGAUUUUGAUUCAGUGACGGAGCCCACAGUGUACGAGAAAUUGGAAAAUAAAUAUGAGGAUGGCCCUUGUGUGGAAUCCAUCAUAGAAAAUGAUAGCCACCUUCAAAGUCUCAUCCAAAAUAUCAAGGAAUCACUCCAGUUCGCCUUUGACACAGCAAAAGUGUACUCUCACACAUUCGAGCGUUUUCGACUUUUCUACAAGGAGAAUGAGAGCCUGGAUGUGGAUGCAGUGUGGCAGGAUCAAGGUUUGUCCUGUUUUGGAAAAGCACUGGAGUUAUACCACAGUGAGCAUAAGGAGGCCUUAGCUAUCCAAGAGAAAAGACAUCUCGGCUUACUGCUUGUGGACAAAACACAGCUUAAAGAGAAACUUGUGUCUUCCCCGCUCCGCUGUUUGGAGGUCAUCAAUGAGAGGCUUACUCAGCUGGCUAAGAGGAAGCUAGAUGCAGUCAUUGCAGAGGCUUGUGAAGCCCAGUUUAAACUAGAGUUCAGGCCCUCCACUACAUCUGAGUUAGCCGACUCCCUCACAUUCCUGGAUGAGAUACAGGAAAGGAUAACGGUGCUCGAAGAGGAGCAGGAGACAGUGUGUCAGAUGUACAACCUGAUUACCAUGUACUCAGUUCCCACGCCUCCUGAGGAUCUGGUUGUUUUCGCCACCUUGCAACCCACCAUUAACUCGUUGCACAGUAUCAUCGAUGAAGCUGAGGUUGAGAAGUCCUCCAGCAUGAAGAAGUUCUGCAGCUCCCUGGACAAAGACAUAAAGGCGCUGAACCACGAGGUCACGAAAACCCAGCUUAAGUCACAGGAUCCACAAAUCCUAGACAUCAAUUCAGAUUCCUCUCAAGUGCGUCUGCUGCUGGGGGAGAUCCAGAUUUCCAUAGACGAGCUGCAGGCCCAGGCCUCCGCCUACACCUCCUACCAGAAGAAAUUCAAGGUGGAGGUGACCAAGUUUGACACCCUGGAGGAGUUAGUUUCAGAGUUUAGGCUGAAGCAGCUGCUGUGGGACUCUCUAGAGGAGUGGGAGUCCUUACAAGAUGGAUGGAGGCAGAGCACAUUUGUGCAGCUGGACCUGGAGCAGUUCAGCUCACAGGUUAUCAAGUAUGGAAAAUAUGUCAACCAGCUGGAGAAGGGUCUGCCACGUAACAAUGUCCUGCCAUGUCUUAAGGAAAAGGUGGAGGUCAUGAAGCAGAGGCUGCCUGUGAUCACUGAUCUACGUAACCCAUGUAUGAAACCAGAGCACUGGAAGAUUCUGGAGUCGGUUGCGAGGACCUCCCUGAAUGUGGAGGAGCUCACUGUGGCGGAUUUGGAGGAGAUUAAUAUCUUCUCUUAUGGCAUGAAGAUACAAGAGGUAUCAGGACAGGCUUCAGGAGAGGCAUCAGUCGAGGCUAUUAUUACAAAGGUGGAGGACGCGUGGAAGACCACAGAGUUCACUGUGUUGUCUCAUGGUGACUCCAAAGAUGUCUUCAUUUUGGGAGGCACAGAUGAUAUCCAGGUACUUCUGGAUGACAGCAUUAUUAAUGUGGGCACGGUGGCAUCUUCUCGCUACGUAGCCCCCAUCAAGCUCAGGGUGGACAAACUGCUGAGACAACUGACCCUCUUCAACCAAACACUGGAUGAGUGGCUUACGUGCCAAAGGAACUGGCUAUAUCUAGAGAGUAUCUUCUUGGCCCCAGACAUCAAGAGGCAGCUGCCUGCUGAGUCCAAGAUGUUUCUUAAGGUGGACAAGUCCUGGAAGGAGAUCAUGGCAAAGGUCAAUAAGAGGCCAAAUGCCCUUAAAGCAGCCACACAGCCUGAUUUGUUGGAGACUUUUCAGCAAAACAACGCUCUUUUGGAUGAGAUACAGAAGUGUCUGGAAGCCUACCUGGAGUCCAAGAGAGUCAUCUUCCCCAGGUUCUACUUCUUAUCCAAUGAUGAGCUGCUAAAGAUCUUGGCCCAGACAAGAAACCCCCAGGCUGUUCAGCCCCACCUCAGGAAGAAGUGUUUUGACGCCAUUACGCGUCUAGAGUUCGCUUUGCUGCCCGAACGAACUUCUGGUGCUACGGGAAUGGCGCUUGAAGCUGGAGAACAGGAAGUGGUCUAUAGCAAAGACAUCCUGAGCAUGGUUUCUCCUGAGGGAGAGAAGGUGGGUUUGACUAAAGGUCUGAAGGCACAAGGCAAUGUGGAAGACUGGCUUUGCAAGGUGGAGGAGGCUAUGUUCUCCUCACUGCGACGCCUCAGCAAGGCUGCCAUUGCAGACUACCAGGUGAUGUCUAGAGAGGAAUGGGUAGUGGCUGGACAUCCAUCGCAGGUGGUGCUGACCAUCUCUCAGAUGAUGUGGUGCAGGGAAAUGGAUGCCUGCCUGGAGGGAGACCACGACCACUUUGCUGCCCUGCAGAAAUUUGAACUAACAAACUUUGAUAGACUGAAUGCCCUGGCGGCAUUGGUACGAGGACAGCUGCCUACUUUACACCGUAAUAUCAUCACUGCCCUUAUCACCAUUGAUGUCCAUGCCAGAGACAUUGUUACAGAUCUAGUAUGCCAGAAGGUGGACGCCAGGUCUAACUUUGAAUGGCAGAGACAGCUACGCUACUACUGGGACCUGGACUUGGACAACUGCGUAGCCAAAAUGGCUCUCUCUACUUACAUUUACGGCUAUGAAUACCUGGGAGCCUGUCCUAGACUGGUUAUCACACCGCUCACGGACCGUUGCUAUUUGUGUCUGAUGGGGGCUCUCCAGUUAGACCUCGGAGGAGCUCCAGCUGGGCCAGCAGGGACGGGAAAAACGGAGACCACCAAGGACUUGGCUAAGGCCCUGGCCAUACAGUGUGUGGUCUUCAACUGCUCUGAUGGACUUGACUACAAGAUGAUGGGGCGCUUCUUCAGUGGGCUUGCACAGUCGGGUGCUUGGUGUUGUUUUGAUGAAUUUAACCGAAUCGACAUUGAAGUGUUGUCUGUCAUCGCUCAGCAGCUCAUAACCAUAAGAAAUGCCAAGGCCGCUAAGCUGUCAAGGUUUCGAUUUGAGGGCCAGGAGAUCAAGCUGGUGAUGACGUGUGCUGCAUUCAUCACCAUGAACCCGGGCUACGCUGGACGAACGGAGCUACCUGACAACCUUAAAGCUCUCUUUAGACCCAUAGCCAUGAUGGUGCCAAACUACGCCCUAAUUGCUGAGGUGAUUUUGUACUCAGAGGGAUUCGAGUCCAGUAAGACCCUAGCGAGGAAAAUGACCCAGAUGUACAAGCUCUGCUCUGAGCAGCUGUCCCAGCAGGACCACUAUGACUUUGGCAUGAGAGCAGUCAAGUCUGUCCUGGUCAUGGCUGGGUCUCUAAAGAGAGAUAACCCCCAACUCAGUGAGGAUGUGGUUCUUAUCAGAGCCCUGAGGGAUUCCAACCUGCCAAAGUUCCUUGUGGAUGAUGCUGUGCUGUUUGGUGGUAUCCUAUCAGACCUCUUCCCUGGUGUAUGUAUCCCCGAGCAUGACUAUGGUGUGCUACACUCCACCAUCCUGGAGUCUCUGGUUAAGCGAAAUCUGCAGCCUUUGGCUACCAUGACCAAGAAGGUGAUCCAGCUGUAUGAGACCAUGUUAGUGCGUCAUGGUGUUAUGUUGGUAGGGCCUACUGGUGGACUCCCAGACCCAGUGCGAACAUACCUGCUGGAGCUGUUUGAGCAGUAUGUGGAGAAGGGUCUUCAGUUCGUGUUGAAGCAUUGCACCCAGGCAAUUCGCCAAGUGGACAUCAGUAAAGUCGCCACUCUUUGCUCCCUGCUAGAGGCACUGCUGCUGGGCGAAGGAGGGCCUGACCUCAAAAUGGAUUCCAAGUACCUCAACAGUGUAUUAUGUCAGACCUUCCUGUUUUGCUACCUGUGGGCAGUAGGCGGCAACCUGACCUGUUCUCACUGGGAUGCUUUCGACACCUUCGUAAGGGAGCAGUUUGAAGACAACAGCAAUGCUAAGCUCCCCAAGUGUGGUACCCUGUGGAGUGUGUACAUGAACUUUAACCACAAGCAUCUGGUGCCAUGGGAGAACAUAAUCCCUUCAUUUAAAUACAACAGGGAGCAGCCCUUUUUUGAGAUGCUAGUCCCCACCACAGACACUGUCCGCUACGGCUACCUGAUGGAGAAACUGCUAUCUGUGCGACGUUCUGUGCUCUUCACUGGCGACACUGGUGUUGGGAAGUCAGUGGUGGCUCGGGGCCUUCUUAACAGUAUCCAGGAAAAGGCAGGAUACCUUCUUCCAGUCUACAUCAACUUCUCUGCUCAGACCUCCUCUGCCCGCACGCAGGAGAUCAUAGAGUCCAAGUUGGAGAAAAAGAGAAAAAACAUUCUGGGUGCUCCUGGUAACAAGAAGUUAGUGGUCUUUGUGGAUGACCUGAACAUGCCUAAGCUGGACAGUUAUGGCUCUCAGCCCCCCAUAGAACUCCUGCGUCAAUUCCAGGACUUCUCUGGCUUCUAUGACAGACAUAAGUUCUUCUGGAAGGAGAUCCAGGAAAUGACCAUUGCUGCAGCGUGUGCUCCUCCAGGAGGGGGUCGCAAUCCGGUGACCCCCCGAUUCGUUCGCCACUUCAGCAUGCUGUGUCUCCCCACACCCUCAGAACACAGCCUCAAGCAGAUCUUCAAAGCCAUCCUGAACGGUUUCCUUAGUGAAUUUUCCCAGGCGGUGAAGGACUGUGCCGGUCAGAUUGUGGAUGCAGCUGUGGAGAUAUAUGACCGUUUGAGUGUAGAUCUGCUGCCCACUCCGGCUAAGUCCCACUAUGUCUUCAAUCUUCGGGACCUCUCCAAGUGUGUCCAAGGUAUGCUGCAGUGUGAGCCGAGUCAAGUGAGAGACAAGAACCAGAUCUUCCGCCUCUUCUGCCAUGAGUGUCAGCGGGUGUUCCAUGACCGACUCAUCAACAACCAAGACAAGACCUAUUUCAACACCAUCGUCUGUGAGAUGGCCAGCAAAUAUUUUAGCAUUAACUUGGAGCCCUCGUACUUUGUGACUCAACCCAUCAUAUUUGGGGACUUCAUCAAGGUGGGUGCAGAUAAAGAAGAUCGUCUGUAUGAGGAUCUGACAGACAUUGUGAAGAUUCAGGCUGUUCUCCAGGACUACCUCGAUGAUUACAACAUGACCUUCUCCAAGGAGACCAAGCUGGUUUUUUUCCAGGACGCCAUCGAGCAUGUCUCCAGGAUUGCCCGUAUGAUUCGCCAGGAGAGAGGCAAUGCCCUGCUAGUAGGGGUGGGAGGUACAGGCAAGCAGUCACUCACUCGGCUGGCAGCACACAUGUGUGGAUACUGCUGCUUCGAGAUUGAACUGAGCCGAGGUUACAACUAUGACAGCUUCCAUGAGGACCUGAGGAGGCUCUACAAGAUGGCUGGUGUGGAGGGCAAAGAUAUGGUGUUCCUCUUUACAGAUACUCAGAUUGUGGUGGAGGAGUUUUUAGAGGAUAUCAACAACAUGCUGAAUUCUGGCGAGGUGCCCAACCUUUUUGAGAAAGAUGAGUUGGAACAAGUACUAGCUGCCACCCGCCCUAAAGCCAAAGAGGCUGGAAUCAGUGAGGAGAACAGGGAUGAGGUGUUCCAGUAUUUCAUCUCUCGUGUACGGGAGAAGCUGCACAUUGUGCUGUGUAUGAGUCCCGUGGGCGAUGCCUUCAGGUCCCGCUGUCGUAUGUUUCCUUCACUGGUCAACUGCUGCACCAUUGACUGGUUUGUGCAGUGGCCUCGUGAGGCACUGCUCUCUGUCUCUCAGGCCUUCUUCCUGAAUGUGGACUUUGGCAGUGAGGAGCUGAAGCAGAGCUUCUCAGCCAUGUGUGUGGAGAUACAUGUUAGUGUCACUGACAUGGCUGAGCGCUUCUACUCAGAGCUGAGACGCCGAUACUACACCACACCUACCUCCUACCUGGAGCUCAUAAACCUCUACCUGUCCAUGCUAGAGGAGAAGAGACAGCAGCUAGUGCUUGCCAGGGAUCGUGUGAAGAAUGGUCUGACCAAACUGCUGGAGACAAAUGGGCUUGUGGACAAAAUGAAAGUGGACCUGUCUGCUCUGGAGCCUGUCCUUAAACAAAAAUCCAUUGAUGUCGAUGCCCUCAUGGAGAAACUGACUAUAGACCAGGAGAGUGCAGACGAGGUGCGUAAAGUAGUGAAAGAGGAUGAGGCUUUGGCCAAGGUCAAAGCUGAAGACACCCAGGCCAUAGCCGAUGAUGCCCAGAGGGACCUGGAUGAGGCUCUGCCAGCCCUGGAGGGUGCCAAUCAGGCCCUUAAUUCUCUCGACAAGGCUGACAUCUCUGAGAUCAAGGUGUUCACCAAACCCCCAGACCUAGUCAUGACCGUCAUGGAGGCUGUCUGCAUCCUGCUCAACUGCAAACCGGACUGGCCUGGUGCCAAGCAAUUACUGGGAGAUGCCAAUUUCCUCAGGCGCCUGACAGACUAUGACAAGGACAAUAUCAAGCAUCAGAUCCUGCUGAAGCUGCAGAAAUACAUCAACAACCCUGAUUUCAUACCUGAGAAGGUGGAAAAGGUAUCCAAAGCCUGUAGAUCAAUGUGCAUGUGGGUCAGAGCCAUGGAUCUUUACGCCAGAGUCCUCAAAGAAGUGGGCCCCAAGAGAGAAAAACUGUCCAAGGCGCAGGGGGAUCUGGACAUGACUAUGGCCACCCUGAGGGAGAAGCAACAAAAGCUUCAGGAGGUGGAGAACCAGAUCAAGGUCCUAGAGGAGCAGUUUGACAGCAGCGUAAAUGAGAAGGAGGAUUUGGUUAACACCAUGGCUCUGACACAAACUCGGCUGACCAGGGCGGGGAAGCUAACUUCUGCUCUAGGUGAUGAGCAAGUACGCUGGGAAGAAAGUGUUGCCUUGUUUGAGCAAGAGAUCAUCAACGUUGUGGGGAAUGUCUUCAUUGCAGCCGCCUGCGUGGCUUACUAUGGAGCGUUCACAUCCCACUACAGGCAGCUGCUAAUUGACCAGUGGAUAAUACGGUGCCAGGAACUGAACAUCCCCAUCAGUUCCAGCUUCAGCCUGAUCAACAUUCUGGGUGACCCAUUUGUCAUCCGCCAGUGGAACGCAGAAGGUCUGCCUCGUGACACCGUCUCCACAGAGAACGGGAUCUUGGUGACCGAGGGCCGUCGCUGGCCUCUCAUGAUUGACCCACAGGACCAGGCCAACCGAUGGAUCCGCUCCAAGGAGGCCAAACAUGGUCUAAAGGUGAUCAAGCUGACAGACCCAAGCUUUCUCCGUACCCUGGAAAAUGCCAUACGCAUGGGCAUGCCUGUACUCCUAGAGGAGUUAAAGGAGACCCUAGAUCCAGCUUUGGAGCCCAUCCUGCUGAAACAGACGUUUGUGGCUGGUGGACGGACAUUGAUCCGACUCGGAGACUCAGAUAUUGACUAUGACAAAAACUUUAGGUUCUAUAUGACCACCAAGAUGGCCAACCCACACUAUCUACCAGAGGUGUGUAUCAAAGUUACAAUUAUCAACUUCACAGUGACCAAGUCUGGCUUGGAGGACCAACUGCUUAGUGAUGUGGUGCGUCUGGAGAGUCCACAUCUCGAAGAGCAGAGGAACGAACUGAUUAUGCGCAUCAAUGCUGACCGCAACCAGCUAAAAGAUAUCGAAGACCGCAUAUUGAAGCUUCUUUUUACCUCCGAGGGGAAUAUUCUAGACAAUGAGGAGCUAGUACAGACUCUCCAGGAGUCGAAGGUGACAUCAGAGGCCAUAAAGCAUCGCCUGGAGGAGGCUGAGGCCACCGAGCUGAUGAUCAACUCAGCGAGGGAGCGGUACCGACCCGUGGCUACCCGAGGCUCAGUCUUGUACUUUGUCAUCGCUAGUCUCUCUGAGAUCGAUCCAAUGUACCAGUUCUCCCUCAAAUACUUCAAACAGCUCUUUAACUCCACCAUUGAGACGUCAGAGAAGAGCAGUGUGUUAGAAGAGCGCCUCCAGAUCUUGCUGGACCAGAUCCUGCUCAACUCCUACAUCAAUGUAUCCCGUGGCCUCUUCGAGCAACACAAGCUUAUCUACAGCUUCAUGUUGUGUGUGGAGGUCAUGAGGCAGCGUGGUGAAAUCUCUGAUGCUGAGUGGCAGCACUUCCUAAGAGGAGCUUCCUCUUUGGAAAAGGACUAUGCAGAACGGCCAGAUGUGCCAUGGCUAAGUGAUUUUUACUGGCAGACAUGUUGUGAGCUGGAGGACACACUGCCCUGCUUCAAGGACAUCUCCAAGGAAAUCACUAGAACGCAUAUACACAUCAAGCUAGGACGUUUUCAAGCAUCUAUUAAUCCUGAGAACGGGUUGCCUCCUUUUGGGGAGUCCAAGGAGGUGAAGCAGGAGAGCAGAGGCUACUGGAAUGAGAGGUUGGGGGCCUUCCAGAAGCUAGUCCUUAUCAAGAGCUUUAUGGAAGAAAAGGCGGUGUUUGCAGCAACAGAGUUUGUGAUUGUCAGCCUGGGGAAGCAGUUUGUGGAAAACCCCCCAGUUGACCUGACUAAUCUCUACAACGAUAUGUCCCCCUCCACACCACUGAUAUUCAUUCUCAGCACAGGAUCCGACCCUAUGGGUGCCUUCCAGCGCUUUGCAAAAGAGAGAGGUUGUCUUGACAGAGUGGAGUCCAUCUCGUUGGGUCAAGGCCAGGGGCCGAUAGCAGAGAAGAUGAUCCUUGCAGCACUAAAGAGUGGCAAAUGGGUCUUCCUGCAGAACUGUCAUCUGGCUGUCUCCUGGAUGUUAGCCAUGGAGGAGCUCAUCAAGACCUUCACCGAACCUGACACAUCAAUCCACGAGAAUUUUCGUUUGUUUCUCAGUUCUAUGCCUACCAAAGUAUUUCCUGUUACAGUACUCCAGAACUCUGUCAAGGUGACUAAUGAGCCUCCUAAAGGCCUGCGAGCCAACAUGCGACGAGCCUUCACAGAGAUCUCCAGCAAUUUCUUUGAAAACCACGUUCUGGAGCGCCAGUGGAGGAAGAUUGUCUUUGGAAUCUGCUUUUUCCACGCAAUCAUCCAGGAGCGGAAGAAGUUUGGUCCUCUGGGCUGGAACAUUCCCUAUGAGUUUAACGACAGUGACAGGGAGUGCGCUCUGCUCAACCUCAACCUCUACUGCAAAGACGGCACCAUCCCUUGGGACGCUCUCAUCUACAUCACUGGUGAGAUCACAUAUGGAGGCAGAGUGACGGAUGCCUGGGACCAACGCUGCCUCAGGACAAUCCUCAAAGGCUUCUUCUCGCCUCAAACCCUGGAGCCUGGAUACACCUUCUCCUCAUCAGGUAUCUACUGUGCCCCAGAGACAGAUGAACUAGAGCAAUAUAAGAAAUAUAUUGAGAGUCUUCCAAUCAUAGAUGAUCCAGAGGUCUUCGGCAUGCAUGAGAAUGCCAACCUGGCCUUCCAGCGCCAAGAAACCAUGACUUUAAUUAACACCAUACUGGAUGUUAAUCCUCGCUCAUCAGCCCGUCAUGGAGCUAAAAGUAACGAUGACAUAGUGUGCGAGCUCGCUGAAUCCAUCUUAGCCAAGUUACCUGCGUGUCUGGACAUGGAUGAGGCGGUGGAAACUUUGUUUGUCCGAGACGAAAAUAGCCGCCUUAACUCCUUGACGACUGUGUUGGGCCAAGAGACAGACCGAUUCAACAACCUGCUGAGAGUUCUCAGGUUGUCUCUCAUCACUCUGCAGAAGGCCAUAGCAGGUCUGGUGGUGAUGUCAGAGGAGAUGGACCGGAUAUACACAAGCUUCCUGAACAACCAGGUUCCCACCCACUGGGCGAACUCUGCCUACCCUUCCCUCAAACCCCUGGCCUCCUGGGUCAGAGACCUGACCCUCAGGACCUCCUUUAUUCAGGUUUGGACACGGUCCGGUCAGCCCAAAUCUUUCUGGAUCUCUUUCUUCCCUCAAGGCUUUCUUACUGGGGUGCUUCAGAAUCAUGCCAGGCACUACAAUCUGCCCAUUGAUGAGCUCAACUUCCGCUUCAACAUGAUGCCGGUGUACAGGGACCAGGUAGCAGUCUGUGAGGCUCUACGCACUCUCCCCAACAACACUAAACUGCUCAUGGAUGAGGAGUUACCAGAGCCAGAGGACGGCGUGCUCGUGCAUGGCAUGUUCAUGGAUGCCAGUCGCUGGGACGAUGACAACAUGGUGAUUGAGGAUGCGUUACCUCAAGUGAUGAACGCUGUGCUGCCAGUGGUGCACUUUGAGCCACAGCGGAACUACGUGCCUGAACCAGACCUCUACCACGCUCCUCUUUACAAGACCUCAGCCAGAGCCGGGACUCUGUCCACCACCGGUCACUCAACUAAUUUUGUUGUGACGGUAAUGCUUCCCUCCAAGCGACCCAGCGACUAUUGGAUAUCAAAAGCUUCUGCUCUCCUGUGCCAGCUGGAUGAUUAAGUCUUUAUUAGAGGGCAGAAAGGGAUUUUAAAUGUGAAACCUUGAUUUAACAUUGAAGCUUUACGCUGAAAGUGGACUUACUUCACAUAAAUUGUAAAAAACUCUUCUAAUCUGCUUCCUUUGUACACUCAUGUAUCGGUGGAGGUUAAUAUCAGUUAUAUGCUCAUCCUGCUGACACUUGAUGAGAGCAGUGGAGUACAUCCAGAUCUCUGAAGAUGAGACACACCGUCUCCACGCUGUAAACACCACACACCACAUAAACUCACAUACUGGAGAGCUCCAUUCUUGCUGUGCGAUAAGUCACUGGAUGAAAUGCUUACUGAAAAUUACAGUGCACAUAUAGCCUCGGGGAGAGAAAAGACGGAGGGAUGGACGGCAGAAUACAUACAGUAUAUGGAUGGACGGAGAUGGGUGGCCUGACACAUGGAUGUUAAUGGUUCACAAAGAGCAAAAAACAGGAUAGCUAAGAGGGAUGGGUUGAGACAGGAGAAGAAGUGAUGAUCAUCAAAUGAUGAAAUGUUUCCGCCACAACCCCCACACACAUCAGCAGCCUAUUUGUGUCACUUAGGGCAUGCAGUGCAAGCACAUAAAAUAUGUCCCUUCGAACACAUUAAGUACACCCACUGCAGUAGUGGGGCAGGGUGCAGACACACUUAAUCUCUGUCUCUGUCAUACACACACUACCUCCUCCACACCUUACUGCUCUGCUAACGGCAAGCAGGGACGGGCAUAUAUAACAUUUUAUUUAACAUCAACAUGGGGAAGAGCAGCACAAAAAAACUGCAGGAGCUCAUGUUGCUGUAGAGAGGAGGAUAACUUAUCAGAAGCAUCUUUUUUUUUUCUUUUUUUUUUGCCAACAAAAAGCUCAAAGCUCUACAAAUUAAAACCAUAUUACAUACGCCCGCAUUUUGUGUUUAAGGGUAAUUUAACAGGUUAUUUUGACUCUUUACAUUAUAAGUUUUGCACGCUGGACAAAGCAAAAGUAAGAUGUAACAUGCAGGUACACUGUUCAAAUUAUAAUACAGUGAUAAUAUGGUUAAAUGUGCUGCAUCAUGAUGGUUUUUUAUUGAAUCUAUUAUCUGAGAGGAAAAAAACAGUCACAAGUUUGACCAAUGUACAACAUUUUUCACGUUUGACCCCCAUCAUAGUUUCUCCUUCUCGCUUGGGGAGGGUAAAAAGAGGCUGUCGCAAUCUGCAACUACACCACUACCUGCCCAGUAAAUCCUAUACAUCGGCCCUUUAAACUACCCCUUUAUAUACAAUUAAAAUAAAAACAAUUCAGUUUUUAAAAUGUAUAUUUCGUUUGGCACAAAAUAAUGACUGAAUAAUGAUUAAAGGUGCCUUCAAAGGGUUGACAAAAAGAAAGCAGGUUUUGGGGCUUUAUUUGUUGUCUUUAUACCAAAGACCGAGAUAAUGUAUAGAAACUGCUGUUUACAUUACAAGUAUGACGCUAGUAAUGGAAAUAUUUUCAGAAUGUUGCGUGUAGUACUCGAAUGUUGAAGUGGCCCUCCUAUGUGUAUAAGAUAAGCCAAUUUGAGGGCCCCUGUUCUACCUGAUUACCCGUCACAGUUUUACAGUGUCUUUCUGGUCAUCAUUCAGUGUUACCUUUCCAAUAUCUGUCAUCUCCCGCUAUCACUUCCUCUGUCCUUCACUGUCCCACAUGAUGCACUUUGAUUAUUACACCGACGUAUUCUGUUUUUGUGAAGGUCGGAUGUGUAGCAGAAGCGAUGUCAUGCUAAAGCUUUCCUAAAGCUGUAAAUGGUGAUGAGUUUUUUUAUUUGUCUAUUAAUGUCACUUUCA